CCCUUCUGAGAUUUUGAUAUGCCUAAAUUCAGAGGAUCCUAAACAGAUGAUUGUCAGUGUGGAUUAUCUCCCCUAGCAGACUGCUACGAGAAAUAGAGGAGAACGAGAUAGAGUGUGAGUGUGUAUGUAUGAGCUGCUGAAGAUACAGGGAAAGAGCAGAGCAAGUGAGAGAGGGAGACUCGAGCGGAGGGGUGCGAGAGUAGCAACUUCAUUGUGUUUAGGCAGAACCGCGCGAGAAGCAGGACGGAGCGCAGCUCAGCAUCAGUACCGACCGGAAAAAGAGAGAAUAGCCUUCUGGAUACUACUGUGAACAAACAGACGGUGAGAUGUACUUCAUUCAAAAACCGUCAGUUGCACCAACUUGAGAGGGAAGAGGAAUACAUUGAUCGAACAGAGGAUACAUAUACGCUGUCAUACUGAAAAAGUUCCUAACUAUGGAAAAUAAUUCCUAAAUGACUGUUUGCAAAGUUUUCGGACAAAACCAGUGCUUUGAGAAGCAUAUUGAUUUACCCAAGCAGUGGUAUUGCUUUGCACCYCGGUGGAGAAUAACCAGCAAGCGGCAGCCCUCACCCCAGUCGCAUUGACGGAACAAUAGAUUCCCGUCCUACACUUUCGGGGAAAACACAGCCGAACCGGCGACAGAAGACAAGAUAAAAUGUUGCCGUUUUACCUCGUCCUUUGCCUUAUGGGAACAGCUACCCAAGCAGCCUACUUCUCCCAGCAGCCCCAAGACCAGGUAGUGGUGUCUGGUCAAUCGGUGACUCUGCCCUGUGUCAUCGUGGGGUACCGGGGAAUGGUGCAGUGGACCAAAGACGGCCUGGCGCUGGGUGGAGAGAGAGAUCUGCCAGGGUGGACACGCUUCCUUAUGGGCGACCCGCUAUCAGGCGAGCACAGCUUGAUGAUCGAUUCGGCAGAGCUGGCGGAUGACGCCGUGUACGAGUGUCAGGCUACGCAGGCCGGACUGCGCUCCCACCGAGCCAAGCUCACUGUUCUAGUUCCCCCCACAGACCCGGUGGUYGAGGGGGGUCCUAUCAUACGUGUGAAGGCCCACACACCCUACAACCUCACCUGCCGCGCCUCGGGGGCCAAGCCUGCCGCCGAGAUCACCUGGUACAGAGACGGAGAGGUCAUGGACACGGCCAUAUACUCCAAGCCAUCAGUGACCCUGUCCGUCCAGCCCCAGACUGUCAUGGAGGGAGCCAAGGUUCUGUUCAUCUGCUCUGCCUCUGCCAACCCUGAGAUCACAGGAUACAGGUGGUCCAAGGGAGGAGUCCCCAUCUCGGAGGCGAACGGGGACAGCCUGGAGGUGACGGUAGACCACUCGUACUUCACAGACCCUGUCUCCUGUGAAGUGUCCAACUCAGUGGGCAGCACCAACGUCAGCACCCUGGUGGAUGUACAAUUUGGUCCCAGGCUGCUGUCGGAGCCCAAGCCCAUGAACGUGGACAUUGGGAUGGACGCUGCCUUCACCUGCACCUGGACAGGCAACCCUCCCCUCACCCUGGCCUGGACCAAACAGGGCUCAGCGUACAGGGGAGGCAACACUAUCAGCGCUAUCUCCAGGGAGCCUCUCCCGGUGUUUCAUCGGAUUUCAGAGGCAGCUUUUGCUAAAAACGCCACCGCUAAAGAGAAGAGAGCUGCAGGCCAGCAGGUGCUCAGUAAUGGCAACACCCUGCAGCUGAAGGCUGUCACCCAGGAGGAUGCUGGGACGUAUACCUGCAAGGCCAUCGUCCCCCGCAUCGGUGUGGCUGAGAGGGACGUCACACUCACUGUCAACGGCCCACCUAUCAUUACAGCGGACGCCACACAGCACGCUGUCAAGCACUCCAAGGGCAAGCUAGAGUGCCUGGUGGGAAACAGCCCCCCGCCUGACAAGAUUGUGUGGACYUUUGGAGARGUGACCCUCUCCUCGGGRUCCUCCGGUCGUUUCUCUGUCCAGACGGUGACCAGCGACCACGGGGUCCUGUCCUCCCUGGUCCUGUCUGAGACCCUGGCCCAGGACUUCCAGCUCCGCUACAACUGCACCGCAUGGAACCGCUUCGGCACAGGCACCGCGCUGGUCACCCUCAAGGAGCAAGAGGCCCUGCCCAUGCUGAUCAUCAUUGGGGCGGCGGUGGGCGGAGGGUGUGUCCUGCUUAUCUGUGUCGUCACCCUGGUCUCUCUCUGCUGCAGGCACACCGGGAAAGGUAAAAAGUGCACACGCCUCUCAAAGAGUGACAUCAGAGUUCAGAUUGUGCACAGUGACCACAARGCUACCCGUGGCAACGAUGAUGAGGAGGAUGUCAAGGAGCCCAUGGCCCCCAACAGCAGUGAGUCUCCUGGGACGUCCCGGACGGAACACAGUGACCUGCUGGAGGAGGACGAGGACGAGAGGUCCGACAUCAAGGACCCKACUAACGGCUACUACAACGUGCAUGCUCACGAGGACCGGGUGAUCCGCAGUGGUUUCUCAGAUUACGUGCCCAACCCCCGUCCUGUCUACACGCCAUCCCAGCUGCCSUCCCCCAGCCCGCUGUACGGCCAGCACACAGUGGUGGCAGCCACACAGCCCCGCAUCUACGACUUCUCCCACCGCUACGCCACCACCACAGGYGCCCGCUCCACCUARGAGCAGCAGCAGGCAGCGGCAGCCCAGCCCGGAGCCAUCUACCCCACCGACCCCGUCUACAGCGGCUCUGCCUACCUGCCCACCGCCGCCACAUACGGKCGAGCCUUCACCAGCUACGUCAAGCCCGCCUCCUACGAGAAGGUGGACGCCUACGAUCAAUCGGACCAGGCCAGCAAGGUGUCUAGCUCCUCCCGUUUCUCAUAUGCAUCAUCGCAGGUCUCCUCCCAGCAGUCCGACUACGGACGGCCGUCACAACGCAUGCAGACUCACGUCUGAUUGGACAGCGGAACAGGGGGUGGAGCGCGGAGGGCCAUGUAAAGGGGAAGCAUUGGUCAUCUCUAUAGGAAGUGWGGCCAGACUAACAUGAGGAGAGAGGACUGGAUGGCUGGUCCUUCUCCUGGACACGUUUUGGAAGGAGAUGUAGGUGACAGGGAUUGCCUUCCUUAUUUGUUAUUCAGUUGUCAUUCUGGGAUUGAAUGGUCCCAAUGGAGURCCAAUGGAGUCAUUCCCCAUCAAUAAAUCAUCUACUACAGUGUCUGCUACUUCAGAGAUGAGCCUGCUAUUCUGUCAUGYCACUGGUUUUGUUUUACCAGUGAGGGGAUGGGAGGAAGGCAAACUGGAAAUCACCAGACAGGAGCAUCUCAUGACUUUGGGUGGCCUAAACUAACUGGAUUCUGGAGCCUAGCUAACAUUUCUCAAAAAGAACAGACUGCUCAGACAAAUAGAACUUAUAACAGACUGAACAAA